CUAUUCUCUCAAGAGCUCCCAGUCUGUCACAGCAGACAAUAACGUUUCCUUAAAGUCUACCUCAGUGGUUCCUAUUGUUGUAAACCCCCUCUAAAGUUAAAGCGGUAUCCUCUUAUUGGAAAGAUUUACAAUUGAUCAUACCCAAUAUAACAAUAACCACCCACUUAGUGUAAAGUAUUCACAGUAACCCCUGCAACAUCUCACAGGACCUCCACCGGAGGAACACUGCUCUGCCUCCUCCUUCUUCCUCUCGACCCCUCCUCCCUCCCAGCCCUCAGAUGGCGUACCCCCGGACCCCCGGAACCCCGGCCCCCCUGAGCUCAGAGCUCUGGCCUGUCUGAGCCCCAAUCAGAGGAGCAGGUGUAGACGAGAGUGGCCCCACAGUGAGGCACCAUUACGCACAGACGCCCUCAAUGUCAGUCCACGUAUGCAGCCGCUGUGUAAUCUGAGAAGGUCAGUGGAAAGGGGUUAGCCCGCUCAUGGUUCUAAGAGGGCACGCCCCCAAGAUGGCGGCUGUAUGGUCCAUGUGACGCACUGCCUUCCACCCUGGGCCUGUCAGAAGAAUGCUGUUGAUGACGUGGACCGUUCUUGUUGUUUCUAGUCUGUUAUUUCUGGAUUUUCCUGCUCGUAUCGAGCCACUGGCAGUACUGCGUAGUGCAACGGCAACAGCUCUUAUCCGUUAUGAACAUGGAUAUACCUGGGGAAACUGUUCGUGUUGCAACGGUGAAAGUGGGUGUUGUGCUCAUGCAAUUCCCAGACGCAGCUGGAAGCAGUUGUGUCAUCAGAGAGGACGGCCGUACGGUGGACUACAUGUUGGGGGGGAAAGAGGAAUCGUCUUUUUCGUUUGAUCAGGCUGUGACUCUGGAAACACUAGAGCAAGUUGAGCCAGAGAUCCUGCAGCCUCUUGCCGAGCUGGUCUCCUGCGGUUACACUGGAACGCUGCUGAUUGGUGGAAUCCACAGGACUGGCAAAUCCGGCGUAUCGAUUGACGAUGACAUCAUCAAAUAUGUUCUGAAGAUGUUGUUCAGCCACAUUUCAAAGGUGAAAUCGACAACGUUCAAUGCAGUAUCCUUCGUUCAGUUUUAUCCAGAUGACAGCACUCUGGAUCUCCUGAACCUUGAAAGACACGAUCUAAAACCCUUUCAUCACCCUGUCCUCGGAUGCCUGGUGGACGGGGUGUGUGAGGUGACGGUGGGCUCGGCCGAGGAGGCGUACGCUCUGUACGAGACGGGCAGGAGGAGGCUGGCGGACACGGCCGCCCCCGUCUCCAGCAGGUGUAGCUUCCUGUUCUCGGUCCAAUCGGAGCGCGAGCUGAGCCUGGACGGGGCGGAGCCGGAGUUCAGCCGCGGCCGCCUGCAGCUGGUGGGCCUGGCUGGGGGAGCGAGCAGGACGGACCUCAGAGGAGUCAGCCCACUGGUAAAGACUGUGGAGCAGAUGGAGCUUGGGACGCGAACCAGCAACCACCUCCUCCCCUUUCUCCUAACGGACGCCCUCAGAGAGAGCGGCAUGACGUGCCUUCUGUAUUGCAUCCCUCCGCAAGCUCUUCUGGAUACUGAGGUUCCUUCAGCCUUAGCUCUGGCCCAACGGGUGCAGGGUCUGGUAACCACGGCAACCUAUGGCCACUGGUGUCCAAGGGUUACGGAGCAAGAGCUACGACUUCAGAUGCAGGGGCUGAGGAAAACGAUGAUGUCACCAGAGGAACAAGAUAGGGACAACGCCCUCAGGCUCGCAGAGCUCAUCAAGAUCCUGCAGAUGGUGAAGGAUCAGUCAUGGGAGAAGAGGCUGGAAAUGUCUGAGAAGUUAAAGAACAAAAUCAAGCAGGAAUGGCAAUCUGCAACAAACAAACGGCGCCCAUCUGGUGAUCGCGGUGCAGAUUACCAAGAGACCACGGAACAAAUUAAAUAUCUACAGGACCAGUUGAGGCAGGAAAUUAAGGCACAUACCACAGAGGGCAAAGGGAGCGUGGAACAAGUGCAGGAGAGGGUGACUCGUAUCCAACAGCUGAGAGAAUCCCUCGACGAUGAGAUGAAGAAGAGCGGAUCAGCGUCUGUGGAAAAAAUGGAUUCCUCUCGACCGCUGGAGUACGGCCGUGUACUGGAACGACGGAGACAAAUCCAGGAGGAUCAUGAAAAAUUAAUCCAGGAGGAGCUGGAGAAGAUGGAAGAAGAACUGAAGCAGGAAAAGGCUGACCCUGGUCCCCCCCCCUCCCUCCAGGCUGACGGCGUCCAGCGGGAGCUGCUGGUGGUGGCGGGCGAGAGGCGGGUCCUCACGCUGCAGCUCGAGGCCCUGCGCGCUGGGGCCCGGCAGGCUGAGGUUGACCUGGAGGACCUGCACCGCCGUCACCUGGAGGACAUGCAGCGCUUCAGAGAGGAGAGCCUCAAGGUGUUUCAGGUGUUCCACCAGGUGAGCGAGGAGCAGAAGUGGACCAUGAAGGAGAGGUACCAGUCCCUCCUGGUGGAGGCUGUCCAGGACGCAGUCUACCUCUCUGCUCAGAACCAGCAGCUCAAAGAGGAGAACCAGACGCACCGCGUGGCUCUAGGUGAACUGAAGGAUUCCCUGGCAACAAGAGGUGACCCAAUGGCUGAGUUUGCAUCUCCAUCAUAAUAAAGAAUUAGAUAAAAGCGCAAAAUAUUUUUAUUGAGUCAUUGAUAGCUUAAAAUUACAUUUUACGUAACAAAUUGCACUGCAUGUUGGACAACUUGGCAAAGGAGACAAAAUAGUAAAAAGGCAAAACUUUUAGAUAUUGGCAGCUGGGUUAUCAUUGCUUUACCUCUUGUGAGGCAAUGACUGCAAUUAUUAUAAUAACCAAGCGUAGACGUACGACAUACAUAAAAUAGGAUAUUUAU